GGGAGUAAAAAAUAUCAAAAAUGAUAUUAUGAGUCAAGAUGCCAAAAUGUCACUAAAUCGCUCGGAUUGUGAAAGUUUGCUGCAACUUGAAAAGGAAAAUCCAUUGGAAGUGGAAACUCUUUGCGAUUUCAUUGAAUCAUAUGAGCCUGAGGAAAGCACCACGCAAGGUCGUGUGUGGAUAAUUGCCAGCAGCAGUGUGGACUCUGAUAAAGUGCCUGCCACCACUAAAUACAUACGAGGCCAAAAUCACAUAUCGGCCUAUAUCAUUAGGGAAAUUGAAGAAAAUCCCAAUGAAUGCAUUGUGGAAUGGAUAGCUUGUGUGGACUUCAAGGGAAACAUACCACGCUAUGUCUUGGAUUUGGCCUUUACAACAAAAAUGGUGGAUUUUGGCAUUUACUUGCGUAAAUAUGUGCAGCGGCUCUAUCAAAAACCUUUGGCUACUACAAUGUCAAGAGAAUAAAUUGAUGUUGCCAUAGUUUAUUAGACAAUGCCGCUUUUCAGGAGAGCAGUUUUGCCGGCCUACAAUAGAUUUAAUGCUUUUCAAGAAUUUUACAACAUAGUCAUAGAUGCACUUUUA